UUAGCAGCCGGCAGCAAAGAGCAGGAGGAUGGCACUCUAUAUGCAACUGUGUGUGUGAGAAACACAGACAGACAAUAUUUGAACCUGGAAGUUUCACUGAAUACCCAGAUGUUUUUUUGUCUGUGUAUUUGUCUUUUAGCUUGUUGGGCUUCUUUUUAUUUUUUCCAGUGGAGACUUCUCUUUCCCUUUUUAUUGUUUUUUUAAAAAUUGAUUUAGCCGAAUAUGACAGACUUCCCUUCCAAGGUUACCACAGAGACCGGGUCCCCCAACUCCCAGAACACUCAGCAGGGGGGCAACAGCCUCAGAGGGCUGGCAUCUAAUGUGACCACUAGCAUGGACAUGUCUUUCAUCAGGAGCAUCCCAUCUAUCCUCAUGAUGGCUCAAAUACUUUUAGGGCUGCUCCACUGGACGCUGAUCGCCAGCUCGCAUUACAUGUGGGCACCGGCCAAUGGCUGGGUGCUGUUUGUGGCCAUCACAUUCUGGCUUCUCACCAGCAUCCUCUUCAUCAUGAUCCUCUUCGGUGCCCAGAGGAGACUCACCGCUGUACCGUGGCCACUGACGGUGAUGGUGUACCAUGGAGUAGCCACGUUCCUCUAUCUGACCGCUUUCCUGGCCAACGCUGCAUCUGUUCACCCCUUCUACUUCAGCUACUUCUUUGGACAUAUGGCUGCUGCUGCUUUCUUUGGCGCCGUGGUGACUGUGACGUACGGCAUCAGUGCUUUCUUCUCCUAUUUGGACUGGAAAGGAGACGGAGGAAAUGCUGCCACCAGCACAGUGCCCACCUAGGAGUUGAAGAAAAGCCUCUCAAAUAUUUUUUUAUUUAUGCUAGGUUUUGUCUCUUAAGCAAUCAACAAGAGGUUGUAUGAUUACUGUUGUUGCCCAAUGGUCAGACAUUACACUCCACUGGAUGACACUUAUUACGUAUUGUCCAUUAACAAUGUUUGUAAAUCCCGCUUUAUUUUGAACUUCUUCGACAUAGGCCAAAAGCAAUUUCGUUACAUACCCAGGUUUCCUGCCAGCAUCUUUAGUUUCCUGACCCCCUUGUUUCCAUCCAUUGCUUUUUAUUCUUGUAUUAUUUCAAUCCUUCCAUUGCUAAAACCUUUCCUGCCUUCCUUCUCUCAAGACACUUUUUUCAGGCAUCCUGACACCCUUCCUUCUGUUGCUUCAAGCUGUUUUUCUGACUUCCUCCGUUAACUUUUCUUGCUCCACAUUCUUUACCUUAUACCAAACACUUUCUUCCCCUGCUUAAAUCUAACGCACCGCCUUUCAUCAGUACCUGUCCAAUAAUGCUUCAUAAUUCAUUUACCUGACUCAAUAUAUUUGCUAGUCAUAGUACGACGUUCGACUGGUGAGUACCUCCACCUCACAGUGCAGAGGUGCGGGGUUCCAUCCUGGCUGUGUGGAUAUUGCAUGUUUAAAUAUUUAGGAGAGUCGAGCAAUCCUUUGGUGAACACAGCUUAAUCAUGCACAUGUACAAUAAAACACAUUAAUUAAAGCAAUGGGAGAUGA